AUGUUUCUACUUUAUGAAUAUGAUAUUUUUUGGGCAUUUUUAAUAAUAUCAAGUGUUAUUCCUAUUUUAGCAUUUCUAGUUUCCGGAAUUUUAGCUCCGAAUAGCAAAGGACCCGAGAAACUUUCAACUUAUGAAUACGGUAUAGAACCUAUGGGGGAUGCUUGGUUACAAUUUCGAAUCCGUUAUUAUAUGUUUGCGCUAGUUUUUGUUGUUUUUGAUGUUGAAACCGUUUUUCUUUAUCCAUGGGCAAUGAGUUUUGAUAUAUUGGAUGUAUCCGUAUUUAUAGAAGCUUUAAUUUUCGUGCUUAUCCUAAUUGUUGGUUUAGUUUAUGCAUGGCGAAAGGGAGCAUUGGAAUGGUCUUAAUCCCCGAAUAUUCCGACAAUAAAAAAAAAAAAAAAAAAAAA